AUGGGGCCGCAAGAAAUCGGUGAGCGUCUUCGAUGCACGCACGAGUCGAUGGAGCGUCGCGGCGCCAAUGCUGCAUCGUCGAAGCAAGAUGGUUGUGACCGCGCGCUGUGGUGGCCCGACGUUUGUUUUCUCGGCUCGAGAUCUUUCGUGGGAGGUGGCGGACCUCCCUGGAUGGCAGGAGCGGCGCCGCUGCUUUGUGCACUCCAACCAGAUGUACAAGUCCGACAAGGCGGGAUCAUUGUUGUUGAGAUACGGCAAUGGCAAGAAGUCGUGGGAGACGCUCCAGCUGACGGACGCUUCUUCCAUCCAGAUGACAAACCCUUCUUCUAUCUAGCUUCUUCCAGCGGUGACAAGUUUUUGUUCCGGCAGAAGAUCAUCUGGGCGGUCACGGAGACGAAUGCUUCUUCCAGCGGUGACAAGUUUUUGUUCCGCGCAGUGAGCUGCCAGAAGAACAUCUGGGCGGUCAUGGAGAAUCGCAAGGCCGUGAAAGUGAUCCAAGUUCCCAAUGAUGGCGGCUUGGAAGCCAAGGUGGUGGCGGUUUACAGGCUCAGCUUGCCUUCCAGCAUCUAUCCAUUAGCCUUCCGCGUCGAGGUUCUGAACGAGCUUGAUGGACAUGUAUCCAGGGUUUUUGACUCGUAUAUGAAUUCUUUCCGGCCUGGAGGAUUUUUUACUUCGGAGGUCAUGAUGGAAAAAGAGGGCUACAGGUCGCAAAUGACAACGGGCAGCUUGAUCCCGCUGCUGCAGAAGGCCCUUUUGCAACACCAAGUAAGAAUUGAACCACUUCCAGUUGAGGCUCCUGUUUUGCAGCUGGACGAUCCUGCGCUGACUUACCUUUCCAAGAUGCUUUUAGACGGGGAUAGUGAUAGUGACGAGCAGGAGGUUGCAACCCCGCAGCAGAACAGAUACCAGGCUUACAUGGACGACUUGAAUUCCAUCAUAAGAGGUUGCGUCCAGUCUCCGGACAGUGAUCAAGAACAGGUCGACCAGGAAGUAUUUAGCUUGCUCAACGAGUGCGCAAGAGCAGUAGCAGCCAGGAACUCGGCACAAGUUUACAAUCUCAUCGGAUUGAUCAAGAACUCAGUGACAUCCGAAAACAGCCACUUAGAAAGGACCGCAUUGUUCUUCGUCAACGCACUGGUAGCAAGGCUUAAAGGGUGUGGUUCACAGCUCUACUCGGCUCUGUCCAGAGAGGUUUCUCAGAAGCGCUACUUGGGGCUUUUGUGCAUGAACCUCCCGUGGUUCAGCGCCACCGAGGUGAUCUCGAAUCACAUAAUUCUCGAGGCGUGCAAGGGAGCGAAGCGGAUUCAUAUUGUGGACUACGGGAUACUGUAUGGCAGCCAGUGGCCGUGGCUUAUCCGAGCGUUAUCUCAGCGACCCGAGGGAACUCCACUGCUGAGGAUGACAGGAAUCGACUCGUCUGGGAUGAUAGAUGGUGCACAGAUUGGGCAGCAUUUACUCGAGUUCGCAGAAUCGUGUGGGAUUCCGUUUGAGUUUAACUACAUCACUACAGACUCUUGGGAGCUCGCACAGCCGCAGUGCAACAGCUUGAACGAGUUUGUGGUCAUCAACACAAACAGGAGACUGCGAUUCUUGAGGGACGACUCCACCGCAGCAAACAAUCCAAGGAAGGUGUUCUUCGAUCGUAUGCUGAAGCUCCAGCCGGCAUUGUUGAUCCAGUCUCUGCCAAACGCCGACCCCAACGUCUCGUCCCCGUUCUUCGUCCAGCGCUUUGAGGCGACACUUGCGUACUAUGCCAACAUUCUAAACGGUUUUGGAGAGGUUCUUAAGGAUCAUCCGCAAGAGCUUGCCUUCGCAAGAAAGUUUGUGGAGAGAAGCAUCAUGAAUGUGGUGGCCUGUGAAGGUGUGGAUCGAGUGGAACGGCCGGGGCCAUACUACUACUGGGAUUCGACGGCAAAGAAAGCUGGAUUCGAGCAGCUGCCUCUGAGCGACCAAGUUAUCGAGACAGCCAAGCUGAUCUGGAGAGGCGAGAAGUUUAGCUUGUACAGGGAUGGGCACUGGUUGUUACUGGCAUGGAAGGAAGCCCUGGCGUUUGGGAUUUGUGCAUGGAAGCCUGGCGUGAAGCCGAGAAAUUCGUACGGCGCCAAGAGUUCAAAAAGAUACCACUUCUAA